GCGUCACAUACACGCACCUCACACGCACACACACUCUGACUGCAGCCUCUCGUCACCGUCACUUUGAGGAAAUGGAUUUAAGACCGACAGGAAGCUGCGGGAUCCCGCACGUCCCGCACCGCGCGUGAAAACAAAAAGCGCACGUUCACGCACGUUUUCAUCUUAAUCAUCAUCUACGUCACCAUCCGCGUGAGGUUUGGUUAUUUGGUUCUGCGUGUGGCGCGUGCUGCUGCUCCUGGAGGACCAGGCCACAGAGGCGCGUGUUAGCAGGAGGCAGCAGCGGGGAUCAAACCAGUGAGAGAGCGGGAGAGAAAGAGAGUCAUGAUCCGGUCCAGAGCAGCCAGGAGCCGGCUAACAAUAAGCACACUGCCGCUGCUCUUCUCCAGCCUCCAGCUGCUGCUGGUUCUCCUGCCGCUGUUGGUCUGCAGUCUUCACACAGUCCACGGUACUAAAACAGAAUGUGAGGCCAGUCAGUUUCAGUGUGGAAACGGUCGCUGCAUCCCAUCUGUCUGGAAAUGUGACGGAGAUGAGGACUGCACUGACGGCAGCGAUGAGGACUCCUGUGUGAAGAAGACGUGUGCAGAGAUGGACUUUGUGUGUCAGAACGGUCAGUGUGUCCCCAAGAGGUGGCACUGUGACGGUGAACCUGACUGUGAAGACAGCUCUGAUGAGAGUCAGGAAAUCUGCCACAUGAGGACAUGUCGUUUGAAUGAGUUUAGUUGUGGAGCUGGCUCCACCCAGUGUAUCCCCGUCUUCUGGAAAUGUGACGGAGAGAAGGACUGUGACAGUGGAGAAGAUGAGUUCAACUGUGGAAACAUCACCUGUGCGCCCAAUGAAUUCACCUGUGCCAGCGGUCGCUGCAUCUCCAGGAACUUUGUGUGUAACGGCGAGGACGACUGUGGCGACAGCUCUGAUGAGGUGGAGUGUUCUCUGUCCUCCUGUGCCCGCAGCGAGUUCCAGUGUGGAAACUCCUCCUGUAUCCCAGCCAACUGGGUGUGUGACGAUGACGUGGACUGUCAGGACCAGUCCGACGAAUCUCCGACCCGUUGCGGCCGUCACCCCACGCCACCCGCUAAAUGUUCAAGCAGUGAGAUGCAGUGUCGCACGGGGGAGUGCAUCCACAAGAAGUGGAGGUGUGACGGAGACCCCGACUGUAAGGACGGCAGCGACGAGGCCAACUGUCCCACACGUACCUGUGGACCGGAACAAUUCAAGUGUGAUGAUGGAAACUGUAUCCUGGGCAGCAGACAGUGCAACGGCAUCAGAGACUGUGUGGACGGAUCAGAUGAAGUCAACUGUAAAAACAUGAGUCAGUGUAAUGGACCAGAUAAGUUUAAGUGUCGCAGUGGUGAGUGUAUUGAGAUGAGUAAAGUCUGCAACAAAGCCAGAGACUGUCCUGACUGGAGCGACGAGCCCAUCAAGGAGUGCAGCAUGAAUGAGUGUCUGCUGAACAACGGCGGCUGCUCACACAUCUGCAGAGACACAAAGAUCGGCUUUGAGUGCGACUGCACCCCUGGACUUCAGCUCAUUGACCACAAGACCUGCGGAGACAUAAACGAGUGUCUGAACCCUGGAAUCUGCAGUCAGAUCUGCAUCAACCUGAAGGGUGGAUAUAAGUGCGAGUGUCACAACGGUUAUCAGAUGGACCCAACCUCCGGCGUCUGCAAAGCUGUUGGUAAAGAACCCUGUCUGAUCUUCACCAACCGCCGGGACAUCCGUCGCCUGGGUCUGGAGAGAAAGGAGUACACUCAGAUCGUGGAACAGCAGAGGAACACGGUGGCUCUGGAUGCAGACUUUAACCUGCAGAUGGUCUUCUGGGCCGAUCUGGGCCAAAAGGCCAUUAACAGCAUGGUUCUGGACAAGCGUGGAGAUAUCGGUGUCCACAGCAAAGUCACAGAAAAUGUCCAGACUCCAGUGGGAAUCGCCGUGGACUGGAUCUACAAGAACCUGUACUGGACCGACCUGGGGACCAAGACCAUCUCAGUGACCAACUUCAAUGGAACCAAACAGAAGGUUCUGUUUAACAGGGGUCUGAAAGAACCGGCCUCCAUCGCUGUGGAUCCACUGUCUGGCUUCCUGUACUGGUCUGACUGGGGAGAACCUGCCAAGAUUGAAAAAGCUGGUAUGAACGGAGUGGACCGACAAGUUCUGGUGGCAACAGACAUUCAGUGGCCGAAUGGAAUCACCCUGGAUCUCAUCAAAGGCAGGUUGUACUGGGUUGACUCCAAGCUGCACAUGCUCUGUAGUGUGGACCUGAAUGGAGACAACAGGAAGAAGGUGCUGCAGUCCUCAGAAUUCCUGGCUCACCCCUUCGCUCUGACUGUUUUUGAGGAUCGUGUCUUCUGGACAGAUGGGGAAAAUAAGGCUAUUUAUGGAGCAAACAAGUUCAGUGGAGCUGACGUGGUAACACUGGCCAGUAAACUCAACGAUCCCCAGGACAUUAUUGUUUAUCACGAGCUGAUCCAGCUCUCAGGAACAAACUGGUGCACAGAGAAAGGUGAGAACGGAGGCUGCAGCUACAUGUGUCUGCCUGCUCCACAGAUCAACAAACACUCGCCCAAGUACACCUGUGUAUGUCCAGAAGGUCAGGAGGUCGCCGCUGAUGGUCUACGCUGCAGACCUGACACUCCCACUACUGCAGCUCCCUCAAAGGAUGAUGGGAAAGCUCUAACGCAGCCUCCCUCAGAAGCCAAUGUCAGCACAUCAAUCCAGUUGAACUCCACAGCCAAAGGUUCUGCUGCUGCCUGGGCCAUCCUGCCUGUCUUGCUGUUGGCCAUGGCCGUGGUGGGAGGGUACCUGAUGUGGAAGAACUGGCAGCUGAAGAACCAGAAGAGCAUGAACUUCGACAAUCCCGUCUACCUGAAGACCACCGAGGAGGACCUCAACAUUGACAUCACCAGACACGGAGCCAACGUGGGCCACACCUACCCUGCUAUUUCCAUCGUCAGCACAGAAGAUGAUUUGUCCUGAUCCUGUGUAUUUUGUUUUUUUAACAACAGCCCUUAAAUAUUUGGACCACCUGCCUUCUGCUGAGCCACAUACUGGAGUGUGUGUGUGUGUGUGUGCGUGUGUGCGUGUGUGGGCGUGUGUAUCUGUAUUUGAGAUGGAUGAAAAACGUUUGAUAAAAAAACUCUCCCAUAAAUGAUGAGACUAUUUCACGUCCUCUGGCCAGAUGUUAUUUAUUUGUUUUUUGGGAUCUUUUUCUUCAAGGUCUUCCUGAUGAUUUUUCUGAAAUCAGGCCUUGAAGGU